UUUUUGCAACGACCCCGUCCUCCCCACCACACUGCACAACCCCACUGCCCUCACCCACCAACCCCUCCCCACUCCAACGAUGGCAUCCAUCCACACCACUCCCGAUCAAAUCUCUCCUGAAGACUUGGUCGAUACCCUCGAGUUACUGCCUCUGCCCGACGAAUCCGCCAAUGACACACACGGGACUGAGUCACAAGUCACAGCCACGGCGCAACAACACCAGGCACAUGUCACCACCCCGGGGACUGAGUCACAAGUCACAGCCACGGCGCAGCAACACCAGGCACAUGUCGCCACCCCGGGGACUGGGUCAGAAGUCACAGCCGCGACGACACAACAGCACCAGGCAACUGUCGCCACCCCGGGGACUGGGUCAGAAGUCACAGCCGCGACGACACAACAACACCAGGCACAUGUCGUCACCCCGGGGACUGGGUCAGAAGUCACAGCCGCGACGACACAACAACACCAGGCACAUGUCGUCACCCCGGACACGAAACCUUUCGAGUGCCCAGCGUCUGGCUGUAGCGCCCGCUUCACUCGUUUCGACUCUGCCAAGCGUCACAUCUGCACGUCGCACAAAGGUGCUGACGUUGCUGACCUUCUGCAAACGUUCAAGAAUAACAGCAACGAGGUUGCCAUUGUGUACCCAUGCCCCGAGAACACAUGUACACAGACCUUCAGCAGCAGACAGGCGCUCUCCAGGCACCAACUACGCGACCACGGAAAACAGAAGGCGCGUGGUCAUUUUCAGUGCCGGAGCGGUUGCGCAGAUGCUGCGUUUUGUACCGCGAAGGAACUCAUGCAGCAUGUUAUUACGGAUCACGACGCCUCAUGUUGUGUCGUGCGUUACUACGCCUCGUGGAGCAGGUUCGAGUCGUGCAUCGCCGCGGCAGAGUGUGACGACUUUGCCCUCGUCGAUUACGUCAAGCGUGACCACACCUGCUGCUUCCCACCAAAAGCUGCCGCGUGGGGUACAGGUGGAAGAAGAAUUCGUCCGGACGUGCUCUCGGCAUGGCAAUGA